UGACAGAACAACAGAGACGCCAGAGCGCACUUAUCUGAGUCAGCCAUGAGAAGACCACACCAGCUGUAGGAGACCCGGGACCCUGGGCCAGUUUAUCAUCCCCUCUCUGACACGGGUUGGCGCCGAGGAGAGGACAACACACUGGAGAGACAAAUCAGCAGGCUUCAGUGGCUCAUGUCAAAGGGACAGCUACAUCAAUGAGGACACCAGGCAUGGCGGUAUUCAAGCAGCAAAAUGUGGAUGAGUUCUAUGAAUUUGGAGUGGAGCUGGGAAGUGGGCAGUUUGCGGUUGUCAAGCGUUGUAAAGAGAAGAGCACAGGUGUGGAAUAUGCAGCCAAAUUCAUCAAGAAGAGGCAGAGUCGGGCCAGCAGACGGGGCGUGAGAAGAGAAGAGAUUGAGAGGGAAGUGGACAUCCUGCAGCAGAUCCAGCAUCCCAACAUUGUAGCGCUGCACGACGUGUAUGAGAACCGCACAGACGUGGUUCUUAUCCUUGAACUGGUCUCUGGAGGAGAGCUGUUCGAUUUCUUGGCUCAGAAAGAGUCUCUCAGUGAGGAGGAGGCCACUGAGUUUAUCAAACAGAUCCUCGACGGGGUCCAGUACCUCCACUCCAAGAGUAUUGCACAUUUUGAUCUGAAGCCUGAAAACAUAAUGCUGCUGGACAGGAACGUUCCUCUACCCCGCAUUAAAAUCAUAGACUUCGGACUAGCACACAAAAUCGAAGCUGGGGCAGAUUUUAAAAACAUUUUCGGCACGCCUGAAUUUGUUGCUCCAGAGAUAGUCAACUAUGAGCCACUAGGAUUGGAGGCAGACAUGUGGAGCAUCGGAGUCAUCACUUACAUCCUUUUGAGCGGCGCGUCUCCUUUCCUGGGCGACACAAAGCAGGAAACACUGGGAAAUAUCUCAGCAAUGAACUAUGAGUUCGAUGAGGAGUUUUUCAGCAACACCAGCGAGCUGGCCAAGAGUUUCAUCAGACAGCUUCUGGAGAAGGACACGAGAAAACGAAUGACUAUACAAGAUGCCCUGAACCACCCCUGGAUAAAGCCUCUGAAUUCCAGACAGGCCAUGGUAAAGAGACUGUCGGUGGUCAACUUGGAGAAUUUCAGGAGACAGUAUGCCAGACGACGGUGGAAGCUGUCAUUCAGAAUUGUUGCUCUUUGCAACCAUUUAACAAGGAUCAUGAAAAAAGGCCAGAAGCCACCUGAGGAGGAUGGGAGAGAUUGUGAAAGUGACCAAGAGGAGGACGUUCUGAGGAGAAGGCCGAGGACCAGAAAGAGAAGCAGCACUUCCUGAGAUCAGUUUGAAACUGUUGCUCCACCUGGUAAUGUUGUUGUUUUUCUAUGAAGACAGCUCAUCCUUUGCGCGUCACCGCUGCAUCCUGCCACUUCUAAAUCCAGGCCUCUGUUUUCUGACUGUGAAAAGCAUAACAAAACAUGUUAUUUACAGGAACUCAACCUAUAUGUUCACAAAUGCCAAGAAUGUAGAUUACUUCCCCUAAAAACUGCAGUCUUAAAAGCUCCUCAGCUCUUGUGUGACAGCCCAGAGUCAUACACAGUCUUUUUUCUUUUCUUUUCUUAACUUAAAGAUUCACAACAGUGUUUUUUUCCAAGUACAAGCAUUGUAAAUUAAAUGGGUUCAGCACUGUAGGAGGACAAAUGUUAGCAAGUGUUGGCAACCAGACGUUUACAUGUUGUUCUGCUUAACAAACAUGAUGCCUCUGCAAACAAAGUGUUAAAUGUUCAUCUUUCUUGUCUGUUACCUUAAGUCUGUACACUAUGCUGAUUUAAAAGUUUACCGAAGUGCUAGAAAGGAUUUUUCAUCAAAUGACCCUUAUGCAAGAACCGGCUUUUAUCUCACAUGUACAUAAAGACACUGUAUAGCUCUUUAUAAAUAUACAUAUAUGUGUAUGUAUAUAUGUGCGUGUGUUUGAAACUAAUUCAGCAGUUUCAGGCUGAAACUGUGAUGAAUUAAUGGUUUAAUAAAAAUACUGUAGAAAUACGGUCAGACAGAUGUCUUAAUUUCUGCUCUACUUUCUCGUGGCUCAAAAGCUGUUUACUGUUUUAAACAAAAAAUGUUUUAUUUUUCUGUACAGUUGUAUGAACUGUAAAUUCAUGAAAAUGGUUGUUAUUGUAUUAGUGAUAAUAAAGUGAAAAAAAAUCUCUGAUUAAUACUUGAACGUUUGUGUCCCAGUAUGAGAACACGUUCCUACAUUGUUGACCUGAUCACAUUGUGUAUUUUUAAAUCUGCACAGCAAAGCUGCCAGCUUCCUCUGAAUUAUUCUUAGCAUUCACAUAACUUUUGCGGUUAGACAAGUAUUCCUGUUAAAGUGGACAGACCAGUGGCUCUUGACGACUAAUUAUUCCAGUACAUCGGUGAGCUCUACUUGUGAUUCUCUGUCCCGACUACCGGUUUGUCUCACAGCCGAUGUGUAUUCUCCCAACGAUAAUGCUGUAUGAGCUCAGUUGGGCUGAAAGUGAUUGGAUAAUGUGCCCUGAACUAAAUACAUGCUGGCAGUUGCACCAUGUAGGCCAGUUAACACAGAUGGUGAGAAAGGAGUCAUAAUCAACAAGUGGGUCAGUCUGAACUCUGCUGCUUGUCUGUGCUUCAGGAUUCGAAUGGAGACCCUUUAAGGUUAUCUC